AUGGAUAAAUAUCAAAGUGUAAAUGCGAGUGGGGAAAGGGCGCAGGAUGAUAAAGCACAGGCAGAAGCACACCAGCACCAGCACCAGCACCAGCACCAGGACACCCACGAUGAGUAUGACGCCUUUGACUCUCUAGACGAAUCUGAGCUUGAACGUCGCGCUAUAGAAGACAGAAAGAAACGCAGAGACGCUUUAAUGGCCAAGUUUGACAAGGGCACACAGAACACAGAGAGCACACAGAGCAUACAGAGCACACAACAGGCACAGCACACACACCCCGCAACCCCCUUCACCGAAAACCUCAAAGGAAUAGUCGCAGAUCCACACGAAGGAAUUUCCGCGGCAGACUACAACUAUACGCUGGACAGAAGGGAGGAUGUCGAUUCUGGCGGUGUGGCUGAUGGUGCUACUGAUACUGCCACUGCCACUGCCACUGCCACUACUACUUCUCCCAAUCCACCUUCUUCCGACGCAUCCGAUGACGACAUGUUCGCGCUGCAACCUUCAAAGAAGCAGAAAAGAUCACAUACCACAACAAACACAUCAAAACCAUCACUCCCAAUCGAUGGCAGCACAGAUAGCGAAGGAUACUACAUGCACACGUUCGGCGAAAGGCUCGACAAUAAUCGCUACAUCGUCUUUGCAAGUCUGGGUGUGGGGAUGUUCAGCAAAGUAGUGCGGGUAAAAGACACGCACGCUCACGACAAAGAGUAUGCGGUGAAGAUUAUCCGCUCCCAGGAAUCAAUGAAGAAGGCCGCGCUGAAGGAAGUCAAUCUGCUUGAGCGACUCAAGGAGUUGGAUGCGGAAGACCGCAAGCAUGUUGUGAGGAUAGAGCGCACUUUCGAACACAGAGGACAUCUCUGUAUUGUGUUUGAGAGUCUGGGGAUGAAUCUAAGAGAAAUACUCAAACGGUUCGGCGCCAAUGUCGGCAUUAAUAUCAAGGCUCUGCGCGCUUAUGCGCAUCAAAUCCUCCUCGCUCUCAGCCUGCUCAAGAAGGCUAAUGUGAUGCAUGCAGAUAUGAAACCGGACAAUAUUUUGGUGAGUGAAAAUAAGGCUCUGCUCAAAGUAUGCGAUCUGGGUAGUGCGGCUGAUGUGAGUGAGGGUGAUAUCACUCCCUACUUGGUAUCUAGAUUCUAUCGAGCGCCUGAAAUUAUACUUGGACUUCCUUAUGACACAGCUAUCGAUAUGUGGAGUGUUGGUUGUACACUGUACGAAAUGUACACAGGCCAGAUACUAUUUUCUGGACGGAGCAACAACGAGAUGCUUAAGAAAAUGAUGGAAUUGAAGGGCAAGUUCAAUCACAAGAUGAUCAAGAAGGGUGUGUAUGGUACGCGCAAGGUUGAUAAUAAUGCGCAUUUCACUGAGCAUUUUGAUUUUAUUUCAAACGAGGUUGAUAAAAUGACAAAUCAGAUGGUGGCUAAGACACUCCCCUUCUCCCGCCCGACAAAGGAUCUGCGCGAUAAGAUAAUACCAUCGAUAGCAGAGCAGAAAGGAAUGAAGGAGGAUGAAAUAAAGUCUUUGCAUGCCUUUGCUGAUCUUCUCGAUAAGAUGCUCAGUUUAGAUCCCCAAAAGAGGAUUAGCGUUAGAGAUGCGCUGGGGCAUCCUUUCUUUACUGCAUAA